AAACACAUCUCGUAGUUGGGUUGCGGACACAGAAAACGCCGACACAAAAUCCGUAACGCGCUACUCCCCCCGCAUCGUAACAGACCGAGAGACAAAAAGGCGCGUGUGUUCCUGUGCGUGUGUAGAUGUUUUGAACGGGUUCGGUUCGGUUGAUUAAAAAAAAAAGGGGACCGUGACUGGUUAAACCGAACGAGUGACUAUGGCGGCCGACACGGACACCGCGGCCAAGGAGCGCUACGAUCCCGAGCUGAAGUACUUGUAUGUCGACAGGAACAGCUACAAUGAUCCGGCCACACAGGCGGAAUGGACGCAGAAAAGGCUCGUGUGGGUGCCGCACGAGAACCAGGGCUUCGUCGCCGCCAGCAUCAAGGGCGAGAAGAACGACGAGGUGGAGGUCGAGCUCCAGGACACCGGUAAGAGGACCUUCGUCACCCGGGACGACAUCCAGAAGAUGAAUCCGCCCAAGUUCGACAAGGUGGAGGACAUGGCCGAGCUGACUUGUCUGAACGAGGCCUGCGUCCUCCACAAUCUCAAGGAUCGGUACUAUUCCGGUCUGAUUUAUACCUACUCCGGACUUUUCUGCGUGGUCGUCAACCCCUACAAGAAAUUGCCGAUCUAUACGGAAAAGAUAAUGGAACGUUACAAGGGCAUAAAACGUCACGAGGUGCCGCCUCACGUGUUCGCCAUCACUGACACCGCCUACAGGUCCAUGUUACAAGAAAGGGAGGAUCAGUCGAUCUUGUGCACGGGCGAAUCGGGAGCCGGUAAGACCGAGAACACGAAAAAAGUUAUACAGUAUUUGGCGUACGUGGCCGCCUCCAAAUCGCCCAAGACAGCUGGGGCGCAGAAAGAUCUUAUCAGUCCGACGAGAGAGUUUGCGGGUGGGUUGGAACAACAGCUUCUUCAGGCCAAUCCGAUUCUUGAGGCCUUUGGUAAUGCUAAAACAAUCAAGAAUGACAACUCUUCCAGAUUUGGAAAAUUCAUUAGGAUUAACUUCGACGCCUCCGGUUACAUCGCCGGCGCGAACAUAGAAACGUACUUAUUAGAAAAAUCCCGUGCCAUAAGACAAGCGAAACAUGAACGCACCUUCCAUAUUUUCUACCAACUCCUCGCCGGCGCAUCCGCUGAACAGAGAAAGGAGUUUAUAUUGGAGGACGCGAAAUCGUAUUCGUUCCUCCGCGAUGACAAUCACAUCGUGCCCGGCGUCGAUGACUCGCAAGAGUUCCAGGCGACGGUCAAAAGUAUGCACAUAAUGGGCAUGACGGACGAGGAUUUCAGUGCCAUUUUCCGACUCGUCUCCGCCGUCAUGUUGUUUGGUAAAAUGCAGUUCAAACAGGAUCGUACCUCGGACCAGGCGACUCUACCCGACAACACGGUUGCCCAAAAAAUCUCCCACCUGUUGGGCUUAAGUGUCACUGAAAUGGUUAAGGCUCUACUCAAACCUAGGAUCAAGGUGGGCAGGGAUUUCGUCACGAAAAGCCAGACGAAAGAACAAGUCGAGUUUGCCGUCGAGGCUAUUUCGAAGGCAUGCUACGAACGCAUGUUCAAAUGGUUAGUGACAAGAAUUAACAGGUCAUUAGGCAGAACGAAGAGACAGGGCGCUAGUUUUAUCGGCAUCCUCGAUAUCGCCGGUUUCGAAAUAUUCGAACUGAAUUCCUUCGAACAACUUUGCAUCAAUUACACUAACGAGAAGCUCCAGCAGCUCUUCAACCACACCAUGUUCAUACUUGAACAAGAAGAGUAUCAACGAGAGGGUAUCGAGUGGAAAUUCAUCGAUUUUGGGCUGGAUCUCCAACCCACGAUCGACCUCAUCGACAAGCCAAUGGGAAUUAUGGCCCUUCUGGACGAAGAGUGUUUGUUCCCGAAGGCCACUGACAAGACCUUCGUGGACAAAUUGGUUGGCUCACAUGCAAACCAUCCCAAAUUCAAGAAGAGCGACUUCCGUGGAAUUGCCGAUUUCUCAAUAAUCCACUAUGCCGGAAAGGUCGACUAUUGCGCCAACCAAUGGUUGAUGAAGAACAUGGACCCUCAAAACGAGAACGUAGUCUCCUUGCUGCAAGGCUCUCAAGAUCCAUUCGUCGUGCACAUCUGGAAGGACGCAGAAAGCAUCGGACGUGCCAAGGGCAUGAUGAGAACAGUUUCUUAUUUGUACAAGGAACAACUCAACAACCUGAUGGUUACCUUGCGCAACACCAAUCCCAACUUCGUGCGUUGUAUCAUCCCGAAUCACGAGAAGCGCGCCGGCAAAAUCGAUGCUCCUUUAGUUCUAGACCAACUGAGAUGCAACGGUGUACUUGAAGGCAUUCGUAUCUGUAGACAAGGUUUCCCCAACAGGAUUCCUUUCCAAGAAUUCAGACAACGGUACGAGCUUCUCACACCGAACGUAAUCAACAAAGGUUUCAUGGACGGUAAAAAGGCUUGUGAAACGAUGAUUAAGUGUUUGGACAUGGACAGUAACUUGUAUCGCAUCGGUCAAUCAAAGAUCUUCUUCAGAGCCGGUGUACUAGCUCACCUCGAAGAGGAGCGCGACUACAAAAUCACCGAUUUGAUCGUCAACUUCCAGGCAUUCUGCCGCGGUUUCUUGUCCAGAAGAAACUAUCAAAAACGGGUCCAACAAUUAAACGCUAUUAGAAUCAUCCAGAGAAACUGUUCAGCCUACUUGAAAUUGAGAAACUGGCAAUGGUGGAGGUUGUACACCAAAGUCAAGCCUUUGUUGGAGGUGACGAAACAAGAAGAGAAACUCAUGCAGAAAGAAGAUGAACUUAAACAAGUCAAGGAUAAAUUAGAACACCACAUUAAAACGGCCCAGGAGUACGAGAAGAAAUAUCAGGCGGCACAAGAAGAAAAAGUCGUACUUCAAGAACAACUACAGGCUGAAGUGGAGUUGUGCGCGGAAGCUGAGGAAAUGCGCGCAAGAUUGACCGCACGCAAAGCAGAACUGGAAGAGAUCUUGCACGAUUUGGAAGCCAGGAUUGAAGAGGAGGAGGAGAGGAAUACUGGUUUGUCCACCGAAAAGAAAAAAUUACAGCUGACUAUUCAGGACUUGGAGGAACAGCUGGAGGAGGAGGAAGCUGCCAGGCAGAAGUUGCAACUGGAGAAAGUCCAGUGCGACGCUAAGCUGAAGCAGUUAGCAGAAGAUUUGGCUCUGAGCGAAGAUACCAAUCAAAAAUUAGUUAAGGAAAAGAAAAUUUUAGAAGAACGCAGCAACGACUUGAGCCAGACUUUGGCUGAAGAAGAAGAGAAGGCUAAACAUUUAGCGAAACUUAAAGCAAAACAUGAAGCUACCAUUGCCGAACUGGAAGAGCGAUUGCUCAAGGAUCACCAACAAAGACAGGAAUCCGAUCGAACCAAGAGAAAGGUAGAAACUGAAGUUAAUGAUUUAAAGGAACAAUUAUCUGAAAAGCGAACGCAAAUCGAAGAAAUGCAACUGCAGUUGGGCAAAAAGGAAGAGGAACUGAAUCAGGCAAUGGCCAAAGUUGAUGAAGAAGGGGCCCAAAAGGCACAAGCUCAAAAAGCUCUCAGAGAAUUGGAAAGCCAUUUAACUGAGCUCCAGGAAGACUUGGAAGCCGAGAAGGCCGCCAGGAGUAAAGCAGAAAAGAUGAAGAAAGACCUAAACGAAGAACUGGAAGCAUUGAAAAACGAAUUGUUAGAUUCCUUGGAUACUACAGCGGCCCAACAAGAAUUAAGAUCGAAGCGGGAACUGGAAUUGGCUACACUGAAAAAGAAAUUGGAAGAAGAGACGCAACAACACGAAGUCGCUCAAGCCGAGACAAGACACAAACAUUCUCAAGAACUGGCACAGUUGAACGAACAAUUGGAGAACAUCAAGAAAGUUAAGAGCACUUUGGAAAAAGCGAAGCAGUCGUUGGAAGCGGAGAACGCCGAUCUGACCACCGAAUUGAGAAAUGUAGGCGCUAGUCGUCAAGAAGGCGAACGCAGACGGAAACAAGCUGAAAGUCAGCUCAGCGAACUCCAGGCUAAAUUGGCUGAAGUAGAACGUGUUAAGAACGAACUCCAAGAAAAAACGACCAAACUGCAACAAGAAGCGGAGAGUGUUGCUCAGCAGUUGGAAGAAGCCGAACUUAAGGCGUCGACCGCGCUCAAAAACCAAGCAACUGCUGAGUCUCAGUUUAACGAGACCCAGGCAGCUUUAGAGGAGGAAACAAGGCAAAAACUGGCACUUAGCUCGAAACUGCGUCAACUAGAAAGCGACAAAGAAACUCUCCAGGAACAAAUUGAAGAGGAGGAAGAAGCCAAGAAGAAUUUGGAGAAGCAACUGGCUACUCUAAAUGUUCAACUGGCUGAAGCCAAGAAGAAGGCGGAAGAUGAGGCCGAACAAGCAGUUAUUUUGGAGGAGAGUAAGAAGAAACUAGCCAAGGACUUGGAAGCGUUGCAAAGGCAAGUUGAAGAAUUGACUGCUGUUAAUGAUAAAUUGGAAAGGAGCAAGAAGAAAAUUGCCGCUGAAUUGGAAGACGCCAACAUUGAUUUGGAAACGCAGAGACAGAAGGUCUCCGAAUUGGAGAAGAAACAGAAAAACUUCGACAAAGUUUUGGCCGAAGAAAAGGCAGUUAGUGAGCAGUUAGCCCAAGAAAAAGAUGCGGUCGAACGCGAAGCCAGAGAGAAAGAAACCAGAGUCUUGUCUUUGAUGCGAGAUUUGGAUGAUUCGAACGUCAAAAUAGACGAAUUAGAACGAAUCAGGAGACAGUUACAGGCAGAGCUAGAUGAAUUGGUGAAUAACCAAGGAACUGCCGAUAAGAACGUCCACGAAUUGGAAAAGGCAAAACGUUCACUCGAAAGUCAAUUGGCAGAACUCAAGGCGCAGAACGAAGAACUGGAAGAUGAACUUCAGCUCACCGAAGACGCCAAACUGCGACUUGAAGUCAACAUGCAAGCGUUGAGAGCGCAGUUCGAGAGAGACAUCCAGGCCAAAGAAGAGCAGGCGGAAGAGAAAAGACGAGGAAUCGUCAAACAGCUUAGAGAUUUGGAGGCCGAACUGGAUGAGGAAAGGAAACAGAGAACCGCCGCCGUCACGGCCAGAAAGAAGCUGGAGGGUGACAUUAAGGAAAUGGAAGGACAAAUCGAAUUGCAGAUCAAGGUGAAAGAAGAUGCCUUGAAGCAGCUCAAGAAGAGUCAGCAACAGUGCAAAGAAGCACUGCGAGAUGCUGAAGAAGCGCGGGCCGCAAGAGACGAACUGGCAGCCGGAAGCAAAGAGGCUGAAAAGAAAGCCAAACAAUUAGAAGCUGAAGUGUUACAGUUAACAGAGGAUUUGGCUAGUUCAGAACGUGCAAGACGAGCGGCCGAAACCGAACGCGACGAACUUUUAGAAGAGAUCAAUAACGGAUCAAACAAAGCUGGUCUUUUGAUUGAUGAGAAACGUCGCCUGGAAGCCAGGAUAGCCACCCUCGAGGAAGAAAUCGAGGAGGAGCAAAGCAACGGCGAAAUUCUGGCAGACAGAGUGCGAAAAGCCCAACUAACUAUCGAACAGCUCACCUCCGAGCUUGCGAACGAACGUUCCGCUUCCCAGAAACACGAAUCGGGACGGCUGUUGCUCGAAAGACAAAAUAAAGAACUCAAGGCGAAAUUAACAGAGUUAGAAACUGCCCAGAGGACCAAAACCAAGGCCACGAUCGCCGCUUUGGAGAGCAAAAUCGCCAACUUGGAGGAACAACUUGAGGUUGAAGCCAAGGAGCGUUUGGCUCAACAAAAAACCAACCGCAAGUUGGACAAAAAGGUCAAGGAGUUGGUCAUGCAAUUGGAGGAUGAACGCAGACACGCCGACCAAUACAAAGAGCAGGUAGAGAAGGCGAAUCAGCGCGUCAAAGGGCUGAAACGACAGCUCGACGAGGCGGAAGAAGAAAUCAGCAGAGAGAAGGCACAGAAACGAAAGGCGCAACGCGAAUGCGAAGACAUGCUUGAAGCUCACGAGUCGAUGAGUCGGGAGAUUAGCACCUUGAAGAGCAAGCUUAGGCGCGGCACCGGAACGAUGGGUUUGACGUCGUCGAGAUUGAGCUCGACGAAACGCGGCUCGCUGAAGGUGGACGCGUCCAGUGGCAACGGAUCCGGCGACGAUUCCACCACGCAGGACGAGGCGAUGGAUGGCGACGAGAUCGCAAACUAAAUAAGCUUUGCCGACGCCCCAUUUAUCGAAUAAUUAAUUCUAUUUUGGUUCCAAAAAAUCAGUUUCCUAAAAAAUUACACAUGCCUGUUUAUUGUAUAUAAUUGUUGUUUAUGGUACUUACGUUUUCGUUUUUGGAAUUAUGGAAAUUGCGCGUUACAGGGUACGUGUUUGUAUGGCCUCUUGGACUGGUAAACUUGUUUCUCUGAUAGAAUUAAUUUAUUCAAUGCCUUGAUUUGCAUUUUAUUUAUAUAAGUACUUGUUUUUUGUAUUUUUUUUUCAAUUUUGUUUACUUACUUAACUAAUGAGCGUCAGUCUUUUUUAUAUUAUUAAUCAUGUCGGGUAUAUAAUACUAUAUUUAAUUUUUUACAAUAUCGUAUAUCACUAAUAAACAAUAAAUUUAAUAGAGAUUAGUUAAAGCUAAAUAACAAUUUUGAUACAUAAUAUUGUAGAAUAUAUAUUUUGUAAAGACAUCUAUUUUUAAGGCGUUUUGAUAAACAUUAAUAUAUAAGAGUAUCUCCUGUGUAAAGAAAGAGAAUUCUUGCAUUUUUUGUAUAUACAUCUUUAUUAUUGGGUUUAGGUCCUCAUUUAAUUAUACUUACAGAAUUCAAUAAAAUUUAUAAACAUUA